AUGCCCGCCAACUAUAAAGCCAUCACCCCUCCGCCGCACACUCCCCAUCCUCCUCCCGCUCCUCCUCUCCGCCAAUCAUCACCACCACCACCGCCCACCCCGUCCCACCAGCCAGCCCAGGCCGCCACCGACCCACCGCACGCCGCCAGCACACAGCAGGGCGACGCCCCCCAGCCGCCGCUCGACGCAGACGCGCACUCGCCCGAGCAGCCCAAGCGCAUCAACGCAGACCCUGCUCCGCCCCAAUCCGCCCCGCCCUAUCCCGAUCAUCACUGGCACCCACACCCGUACGCGUUCCACCCCGUGUACACCUACCCCCCGCCCCACCCCGACUACCACCACUACCGGCUCAUGCCCCAUCGCGUCGAAGCUGACCGACACUCCGCCCACCACCCGGACGACGGCCACUACCCGCGCAUGCACUCGCAGCCCACCCCGCCCCCGAUCGCCACCCUCCACCACUCCCCCGCCAUGUCCACCUCCAGCCUCGCCAGCUCCUCCAUCUCGCCCUCUCCCCCGGCCUCCGCAGCGGGCGUCCCUCCCCAGGGCGGUUAUACGUACGCCCCGCAGGGCGCGCCGAGCGCGCGCUACGCACCUCAGGAUGCGCCCUCGCCCUACGCGCACGGCGGCACCGGCCUCAUGCGCACCGUCCGCCCCACGUACGGUGCCCACGCCCAGCCCGCGUACCCCGGCCAGCCGAACUACAUCAUCUACACAAACGACGCCGCGACGAAGCUCUCCGACCGCGUGAGGAGGAAGUGCUACAACUGCCACACCACGGACACGAGCACCUGGCGGCGCUCGAGCCUCACGCCGGGCAAGGUGCUCUGCAACAAGUGCGGCCUCUUCGAGCGCACGCACUCCCGCCCGCGGCCAGACCAGUUCCCGCACAAGCGCGGCCCGCUCGUCACCGCGUCCUUCAAGUCCUCGACGCGCUCGCCCCCGCCCGGCUCCGCGGGCCGCCUCCCGCCCAUGGCCGCCGCGCACGCCCACCACCACCACCACGGCGGCGUGCAGGCGUUCCCGCCGCACCACGCGAACCACGCGUCCAUCGCGCCGCUCAUGAGCCAGCGCGAGGGCGGCCAGCCGCAGCAGCAGCAGUACUACGCGCAGGACCAGCAGGGUCAGGCGCAGGUGCAGGUGCAGGACGGCCAGGGGAACGCGAGCACCCUGCCCGAGAUCCGGUCGUUGCUGAACACGCCCGCCGGCGGGAGCCCCGCGUCGGUGUCGGUGCAUGAGGGCGUCGACGGCCAGGCGCAGCAGACGCAGGUCGAGCAGGUCGAGGGGAGCCCGCGGGAGCGGAGGGAGGUCUACCGGGCGCAGGCCUGA